GAUUGGAGGAUCAGGGAGCAUCAGUGCAUGUCUUUCUAGUUUCACGACACAACCCUCCAGUUCUACCGCGAUACUGCAAAUCAAUCAACUGCCCCAACCCCGCUGGGUUCUGACAUUCGAGUUAUCCGCCCUCUGUACGAAAACGACUCUCCUGGAAUCCCACCGUCGCCAUGGUCGUCAAAAUCCGUUUGGCACGCUUUGGCAAGCGCAAUGCGCCGUUUUACAACAUUGUCGUUGCUCACGCAAGGACAGCAAGAAAUAGCAAGCCCCUCGAAGUUCUAGGCACCUAUGACCCGAUCCCCAAAGAGCCGCUUGAUGGUGAGGGCAAGGCCUUCAAGGACAUUCGAUUGGACCGCGCGCGGGCAAAGUACUGGCUUGGUGUUGGCGCGCAACCGUCUGAUCCUGCGUGGAGAUUAUUGACGAUGAUUGGUCUUAUGCCUAAGAAAUUCACACAGACCCAGCAGAGUCAGUCGCAAAGUAAAAAUGCUGCGGAAGCAUAAGCCUAUUAGAAGGGGAUCCGGCAUCCACAAGCUAUGGGAUCAAAAUGGAGAUAGAAGUGGCGGGUUCAAUUGGUGAUUUCUUUUGUCGUCGGAUUACGAUGACGCGUUGGGCACAUUUUGCAUAACUGGCGUUUAUAUAAGUUUUCCGGAAAUUUCUUUCUUUCACUGAGGCAGUGUCUAUGCAUUUUGACACGGUCACUGUACAAUAUAUGUAUAUUGCUAAAUUACGGAGAUUUUCUGUGUUUAGAGGUUGAACAAAUACAAUUGACAAUAUGGCG